AUGAAGCCGCUUGUGCCACUUGGAUAUGCAGCAAAACUGCUCAAAGCCGGCAUCUGCAAUGUGGCAGCUGAUGUAUUUGCUUACACACUUGAGCACUGGAACUUCCAAAGCCCACCAAUCCCCAAGCAUCAACUGGGCAAACCAGUGAAGUGUGUUGACGCCCUGUCGAACAGUCACCUUCCAAACUUCGGCCCUGCGAGAGACACUCGCGCACAGCAGUGGGAGAAGGAGUGCGUGGAAUCUGCAGGCAAAGUCUCGAUUGAGCCAAGUGAACAGCCAGUCAUAAGACCUGCCCCACCAUCUGCAACACCCAAAAUCAGCGACGUGAUUGGUCGGGCGGUAGACAAAUUUGGGCCCUACAACCGGUUGAAUAACAAGGAGCAUGUGGUGGCGUUGGUGGAUGAGGACAUGUGCAUAAACUGCGGCAAGUGCUACAUGACGUGCAAUGACACGGGCUACCAGGCGAUCGACUUCGACCCCAAGACGCACUUUCCCUUUGUGCGCGAGGCGGACUGCACGGGGUGUGCGCUGUGCUUCUCCGUCUGCCCCAUUCCCGACUGCAUCCGCAUGGUGGAGCGUGAGUCGCCCUACGUGCCGAACCGCGGCAUCCCUCCCACUUCCAUUCCGUAG